AUGACGCGCGGCGACGUCGACCUUGCUGACGUCGCGCGCGCCGCCGUCCCGACCCCCGAGCUCAUCCGCGCGCUCGUUCGAGAUGAAGUCGACGCAGACGCGCGCUCGACCUUCACCGAGUCCGCCCUCACGGCGUUACAGACGCUUCGCGAGCGAUGUCUCGAGCUCGAGCCACCGUCGGUGAUUUCAAACAAUCCGUCGUCGUCGCGACCGCGCGCGCUCGUGGAGCCGGUCGAGGACGCUCCCGUGCGCGUGUUAGAGCUAUCAUCCACCGCACUGGCGCUCGCGGCGUGCGCGUCGCACGGGAGAACGUCAUCACGAGAUGUCCCGGGCUGGAGCUCGGAAGCGCUCGCGGACGCGGCGGACGCGACGUUCGAGGCGUGCGUCGGCGCCGCGCACGCCUCGAUGGCGUUUCGUGAGCUGGCGACGCGCGAAUUCAUGGAUACAUUGCGAGCGCCGGGUGCGGAAGGGGGAUUCGGAGCGGACGCGGAAGUUGCUGACGCGCGCGCCAUCGUCGCCAGUAGGCAAAUGCGCUGGUGCGUGGACGCUUCGACUCAAGCGAUGGACGUUUCGGACGUUCUAGACGUCGCGCUCACGUGCGUUUUGAGAGCUAUGGAUUAUCCUCACUCGGGUGUGCGCGCAAAUGGGGCGCGCGCGGCGUCGGUGAUCGCGCGACGGCGUGGAGAAGAAGGCUUUCCGGCUGAGGUGCUCCUGGACGCGUCGCGAAGUCUUCUCGUCGGCGCCGUCGAGGACGUGUGGCCGCACGCUCUGGAGACGGCGUGUACGUUGACCCCGAUUGUCGAAAACGAUGAGGACUUCCGUAAAACGUUCGACAAAGCCUUGGACACGGCGUGCUUGCGCGGAUUAGACGUCGCCUACGCUAGGCCUUUGCUUGACAUAUUUCCAGAUUUCACGAGGAGCGCCGGUGUGCGCGUCGUCGCGCACUUGAGCCGUUUGCUUCCGCUCUUGUGCAGUUACCUUCAUGCAGUGAAGGACGACAUCGCGAUUGACGCCGCAAAGCUCAUCGCGAUCGUGAUUGAGAAUUCCUGGCCGAGAAUGCAUGCGCACUGUGCUUCGAUGUGGCCGCACGCGAAGCGCGCGUACGCGGAAGCGGAUGGGCGCUCGGCCAAGAGAUGCGACGAACUUCGAUUAGUAAUCAGAGGGAUUGUCGAGCUCUUACAGCUUGCCGCUGGAAAGGAAUUCACGAGAGUUUGGAGCGCCGAUCUAGACGUUCCAGAACACGCGAGAGAGUUGGUCGCGUUUCUCGAGUCGCUCCCAGAGGAACGCGAGUUCAAGACGUCGAUUGUGGUGGCGUAG